AUGCUGGUACCACCAGCGCAGCCCGCGCACCCUUUCAGCGCGUCUCCAACGCCCUCAAGUAGCGGAUCACGCAGUGGAUCACGUAACGACCUCUUCUCUACAUCCUUCACCCCGGCACCACCCCCUCCCCAGCUGCCCAGCAACGACCUGUUCAGCACCAACUGGAGUCCCAGUCCGCCUCCCCCUCCAUUGCGCAGCAAUGACCUCUUCAGCACCACCUGGAACCCAUCUCCCCCUCCGCCACCAUUACCCCGCAACGACGUCUUCUCAUCCGACUGGAACCCCACGUCGCACGACUUGACAACCCCGCGCCGCUUGGCCAACCUAGAGCUUGACCUCCACUCCACCAUUUCGCACCACCCAGCUUCCCAUCCUCCUCACCCCUCAUCCCAUGCAUCUGCUUCCGGUACCACCCACUCCACACCCGGCCCGCUUCCCCCUCCCCCGAUAGGAGCGCCGCCCGUCUCACCCCCUGGUAGCCCCGACCAUCGCAGCGGCGCGUUGCUCACUCGUAGACUCGCUUCCGCAAAGGGCAAAUCGACGAUGAGCGAAUUUCUCGAACUCGAUACGACCCCACCGCGCACCUCGAGUCUCUCCGCUGCUUCGGUAGAGUUGUCAUCUGCCGACUCGCCGCGCACACCGGCUGAAACCAAGUACUCGCCCCUCGCGCACUUUGGUGAUCCCGUCACAGACCCGGCUUCGCGCCCGCCGUCUCCACCCAGCCCACCACAGCCAGUCGCUGCAGCGUCCAAGACGAGCUCGUUUUUCGCGAGCGCUGGCGUGGCCAUGCCUCCGCCAGCGUUGGCUAAUGUCUCGCUUCCCCCGAGCCCAUUGGCGCUCAGUCGCGCGGCCAGUCUGCGCCGCAAGGGCCCUGGUACGUCGCCAAGCUCACCCUCGUACUCGCCAACCCACACCCACAACAACUCGCACGCGAGCGCCAUUUCCCACCUCUCCAUCUCGCCGCCCAACCUCAGCCCGCUGCACCAGAGCCCCUCGCUUGCACUGCAGUGGGUUCCUCCAACGCCGCACGUGAACGACGACGUGCAGCUCCGCCUCAUCGCCGAACCGGGAUACCUCCUGGGCGAAGGGCGGUUCGCGACUGUGUACCUCGCGGCGUAUAAACGUGCGGCGAUGUCGCCCGCGUUGCUAAGCUCGACCCGCGACAAUGGCGAGGACUCGGGUUGGAAGCUCUGUGCAGCGAAGCGUCUCGCUCCUGACCGCGAGAGUCAGACCAUGGGUCUGCGCGAGGCGUUCUUCCUCAACCGCCUCGGUACUGGCAAGGGUCGCGGGCAGGUGUACGUCGUCAAACUUGUUGCGGUCAAAGACGACUCGUCGCCAUCCGUUGGGGCGCCAGGCGCCCCCGCACCGGCGAGCCCAUAUGUGCCGGUCAUCAGCGAGUCGCGCAGAGUCCAGCGGGAGUUGGAGUCCGAUUCGCCUCCGCGCCGCCAUAGAGCCUCAUCGAUUUACGCCAGUGGGCGUGGAGCUGACCCCGAGGCGCCGGGCGGGGUUGCCGCUGUCGGGGCUGGCCCGGGACCCUCGGUUUCGGCACCGUCGUGUCUCCUCCUCGUCGUCGAACACGCACCCCUCGGCACGCUUGACCGUCUCCUUCGAUCCAGCCCCGGUCUCGUCGGGCCGCAGCUGUGGGGUCGGUGGGCACGAGAAGCCGCAUCCGCCCUUGAGUGGGCGCACGGCAAGGGUGUGGUGCAUGCCGACGUCAAGCCUAGCAACCUCCUGCUCACGGCCGACCUGCACCUUCGUCUGUCCGACUUUGGGUCGUCGCUCCUCAUCCACCCCGAGCACCCACCGAUGGACGGCGUCGGGCUGGGCACACUCCCCUUCUCUCCUCCCGAGCUCGUCGACCCCGCCGUGCCGUUCUCCUUCCCGGUCGACAUCUUCGCCCUCGGCGCGACGCUAUACCAGUGCCUCACAGGCCGCGAGCCCUACCGCGGCGCGGGCCCUAUCAAAAUGAUGCACUAUGUCCGCAAUGGCGGGCUGUGGCAGUGGCUUGAGCGCGACCGCCUCGCGCGCAUCGGCACAGAGGGCAUCUUCUCCGCCACGGCGAGCCCAUACCCGUCCGCGUGGCGGGCUGACCCUCUCCCAGGCGCUGAGGUGCGGCGCGGUGGAUCGCUUCGCGUCCACCACCACAGCCACAAUUCGAGCCUCUCAGUCGAGAUCCCCUCCACGCCCCUCCGACGGGUAGGCAGUGCCGAGAGCAUCGUGGCGUCGGCGGACGCUGGUCGGAGCGAGGAGGACUCGCCGGCGGGCGUGCGUCUCUGGGCAGCAUGGCACCAUGGCCGCCCCAACGCUGUGGAUCGCCUGCUUUCGGAUCAGCCCUCGCCGCCGCACUCGCCCAUCUCACGCGCGUCCAGCAUCCGUUCGCCUUUACGCCACGUACAUGGCCCAGACACGAAUGCACUCCCCGACGCCGUCCUCUCACCAGUGGCAGGGGCGGGGGGGUACGCGGACGGCUCGCCGGCCAUGUUCUUCCUCGGUGCAGGGAUGGAGGGGCCCACGCGCGUUCCGGACGGCGUGCGUGACCUCCUGCGCGCGAUGAUGGAACCUGCGCCAGAGGGACGGCCGAGCGCAACCGAAGUCCUGGGGACGUGGGAUGAGCUCGGUGUUGGUGUUGGCGAGGACGAGGAGGGUGAGGAUGGUGAGAAAUGA